AUGGACAAGAAAAUAGGGAGGGUCUUACUUAAAGAAAGAGUCAAAAAUGGACUGUAUCUGCUCACUCAACCCACCACAAGAACACUAGUCCAGAUUCAAUGCCUACUAGCCACUAAGGAGUCCAAAUCUCUUUCUGUUACUGAAUGUAAUAAUGUUAGUAAUAAAAUGACUACAAAUAUAGUCUCCAACCCUUGUACCAAUUCUAAAAUCAAUAAAGAAUACAAUUCUACUAGUACUGAUGUCUCUUUUACUGCUUUUACUGUUAACACUACUCAGGUAAACUCACAACAUUCUCAAAUUUUUGCUUCUGCAACUUUCAAUACAACACCUAAUGCUACUUAUCCUUGCGUCAAUGAGGAACAAUCUGCUGUUCACCUGCCUACUAUGCUAAAUAAGGUUACUACCAACUGCUCUACUUCUACUGGUGUCAGUCAUAGAACCUUUGUCCCACCACCUAGCCUCAACCAACAAACCAUAAGGCCACCUUCUGCACCUAUCCUUACUUGUUACUUCACACAACCUCCUCCUCAUCCCAAAAACCAGCUAUCUAACCCUGUCCCUAACCCAACCCCCAACCUCAGUCAACCACAUCCUACCCCUAACCAUACAAUGCCACCUCCAGAACUAAUCCCCACUCCCACCAAAUACUACACCUCAAAACCAGCCACUUCAACUAAAACCAACAACCGAUACUCACUCCAUGCAAAUUAG